AUGAGGAUCCUCUCCACCCACAUCCCUAAUGAAAAUAUUCAAGAUCGAUUUGUGUGGAGCGAAUCCAAGAAUGGAGGUCUCAAUGUAAUAGGAGUUUACGCAUUUUAUCUUGACCAAAAAGGGUCCUUAGUGAAUUCUCAAGAUGCCAGGAAAUUAUGGAGCAAAUUCUGGUCAUCGGAUAUUAUACCUAAAUGGAAACUCUUCACCUGGAGAUUACUUAACAAUGCUCUUGCAACCAACAACAAUCUUCAGAAAAGACAAAUCCUGAUCCAGGAAAGCUGUUACCUCUGUAGGAAGGAUAACAAAACAGAAAGUUAUCUGUUUCGAGACUGCAAUAUUUCAUCACGAGUGUGGGCUUGCUCAACGUUAGGAAUUAAUGUAGGUCCAAGUUCUCAAAUUCCCAUAGGAGAAUGGAUAAGAAACUUCCUGCUUCUAUUCUGGAAAGAGGACGGGAUAAAAUCAGAUCGUGCUAAGGAUUAUGUAGCCACCCUCUCGGCUAUCUGGAUCCAUAGAAACAACAUUGUUUUCAGAAAUCAAAAAGAGCACCCUACGACCAUUCUAAAACAUAAAGAGGAGCUUAUGAGAGAACUAGAGCAAGGUGCCAAAAUUAAAGAAAACGUUUACAAUAGCCACGCUUCCAAGUCCAAGCAAGCAAAUGAAAACACGGGGUCAAACUCCACAUGGCCAAGAGAUCUCUGUAUCAUUCUAGUGGAUAGGGCUUGGAAACGAUAUAAUAAGCAAUUUCCAAGGUCAAGAAUAGGGUGGGCAGCAUAUAUGAACAACAUCAAAAUCUUCGAAGGAAGCGACCGAACCCUCUCAAUAUCCCCACUACAAACGGAAGCUCAAGCGAUGUAUCGAGGACUCAGUGAAGCUACUAACAAAGGAAUCAGACAAGUUCAGAUCCACUCGGAUAAUGCAGACCUUGUUCGAGCCAUUAACAACAAAGAUCAACCAUUCGACAUUUCUUCCUUAGACCAAGACAUUAAAGCCAUAUGUAGUAAGUUUAGCUUAUGUAAAAUACGAAAGGUGAGUAGGACAGAGGUUAUCCCAGCGCAUAAUCUAGCAGUAGCAGCUAGACAAGGUAGCAUAGUUACUUAA